ACCUACACGGCUGCUAACAGGAAGGCAUCAUGUCUAUGCUGCUACGAAGAGCGCGGCCCUUGUCAUGGGUGAAGUCAGCAGAGCGGCGAACCGCGUUGUUGCCAACAAGCGCUCGAGGACGUCGUCAGCUAGGUACCGUCAAGGUGAUCCUCACUGACGACGUCAGCGGGACGGGCUACAGGGGCGAGUACGUGGACAUCCGCGGGGGCUUCAUGAGAAACUUCUUGUUCCCCUCCAAGAGAGCAAUAUACGCCACCGAUGACAACAGGCUGGCGUACGAGGCCGUCGAUCGGACAGCGGAGAAGGAGAGAGCCGCGGCCUUGAAGGCGUUGAAGCGAGGCCGACAGGAGCUCUCGGGCAUUACGAUAGUCUUGAAGCGAAACAUGCCGGCAGGGGGGAAAGGAGGGAUGACGCCUGGUCAGGCUGUAAGGGCCAAGGAUGUCAGCGGCUACCUGCGAAAGAACUCACCGUUCGAGGUGACGGAGGAAGAGGUACGGCUCCCGGGGAGCGGGAAGCCGAUCACGACGGUCGGACAGCACACGGUGCUGGUGCGCACGAAGCUGUCCGAGUCUGAAACGGCCAUCCUCGCGGGGGAGCUCGGCGCCAAGGAACUCGAGGAGAAGGCGUGGGUGCAGGUGGAGUUAGUGGUGGAGCAGAUGAGCGUCGGAGGCAAGGGGAACCGCCAAGUUGUUGGGAAGGAGGAAGAGGCCGGGGAGGAGGAGGAGAAGAAGACUGGUGACAUGUCGGUUCAGUCUAGCGCUUAGCUUGCUUGCGUAGAUGGGUUCUUCCGUUGUCGCAAUGCUGUUCCCUUCUCUUCGACUACAGCUCGUGUUGGAUUUCGACAGUUUGUCUUUUUUUAUCUGCACUCGCUGCCUCGGUGUGGAGUGUGUGAUUGGAUCAUUGCCGUCGUCUCGCAGGGCGGUGGUGAGUCCACAACGCGCGGAAGAGUCUGGCUUCCCCGAAUCCUCAUGAGAAAUGCGGGAGAAAAAGGAGGUUGAUUGUUCGUCUGCGUUCGUUUCUGUUGGCGGGAAACAUGCAUGGACUGUGUAGCGGUUUCCUCAGGAUGAUGACACCGAUUUCGGUUGGUGUAUCGUUGUAUGCUCCUUGGCAACGGUGUUAGGCAUGGGAUUACUCGCGGGCAAACGAAUGAAAAGUCGAAGGACCAAGAUCUACGCAGCUGCCGGUUGGCCAUGUGCAGCCGCAGCUGGCAAGACGGGCUGUUCAUAGGUCUUUUGCCUUUUGAGGCCAUCUUGUAAAGGCCCGCGU